AUGGUCAACUAUUUGAAUUUAUUUGUUGCAAAUCGAAAGAGUCAAUUAUAUACUCGAGUCAAUCGUGAUACAACACUAAAAACAAAAAAUUAUACUCUACCAUAUGUAACAGGUCAUCCCAAACUUAUGUAUAUGAAUGAUUUUCAACAAGAGCUUAUCUAUCUUGAGCUUUCUCUGCUUGUCAAUGGUUAUUCAUUAGAAUUUGUUGAACAUCAUGUAGAACAUUUUUUCGAUUAUUUUCAUGCAUAUAACAUGCGUUAUUUAAUGGAUCAAAUGAUCUAUGAAACAUUUCGGCAACAUUGGUUUGAUUUUAUCACAAUGAAAAAUGAAUCACAAGAAAUAGCUCAACAAAUCGAUGAUAGUGGUCAUUUAAUUCAUUUUAAUUAUUUAUAUGAACAAGGUCCAAGAUGUCAAUUUAAUCGACAAUUCUAUCAACUUUGGUCCAGUUAUUUUAAAAAUCAUUCAAGACUUUCUAAAGAAAAAUCGAAAGUGAUUCUAGCAACAAAACAUGUUCAUUCUUUAAAUGUUCUAUUGGCUCAAUCGAAAUGA